AAUAAAUCAGGCGUUCGGGGUUAAAAAGUCCCUUGCUCAAUGAAAGGUCAAAGGUCCCAAGUGUCAACUUGUGAAUAGCUGUCCACUGUCCCUGAAAAGGUUAAAAUGACAUUUUUUACAGUGUCCACACUGCACAAAUCAAACAAAAGAUAAGCAAGUGGCACGACUUCUUACGUAAGUGCGUCGCUCGUUAAAAGCACGACGACUCCGUCGUUUCGGGGAAGCCAUGCAGUCUUCGGAGCGGAACGGCCUAGCGAUAGCCUUGAAGAGCUACAGCUCGGCGGUGGCCCGCAUGGAGCGUACGGUUCUCCUGCCCAGCCUGCUGAGAGACGUCCCCGCUGGCAAAGACGGAGACGAGUCGUGCCGGGACCUGUACAGCGACUACCUGAUGCUGAAGGCGGCGAGAUGCAUAGUAGAGAGCGGAGCGCCGCGCCCACGAGCGCACGACAAAGGCGAAGCGGGCGUCCCAGCGGAGGCAGAGAGACUCCUACGCUUCCACUUGAACGGCCUCUUGGCCGCUGUUGAGCAACUCACGCGCAGGAGCCAGAGCUUGACUCACAAGUAUUUGGACAUCAUUGGCGUCUCCCGUUAAAUGUGUACAAAAAAGACACAUUGUUUACGUCAGAGAAUUGCAGUUAUUUGUUACGACUGUCCUCACGGUUUUUGUUUGUGGAAUUAACACUUCGUCAACUUUACGUCUUAGUAAAAGCAACCAUUUACUCCCCUAAAUUGCCUUUGGUCAAUUAAUUCUGCCAUUAUACAGAGCC